AUGGGGGGCAUUCCGUACCAGUCGCCAGGCUGCAAGGCCUGUAGAAAGCGCAAGGUUAGGUGUGAUCUCGGCAAGCCAGAAUGCAUGCGAUGCCUAAAGCGCAAAACGCCCUGUCCGGGCUACGACAAGGACCGCAUCUUCGUACACAAUCAGACAACCUCACAGGGCGAAGGAAAUGGCAGCCAUGUUCGAUAUCUUGGUCGUGCACGACAGUUGAUUUUGCCGCUGGCGGUGAGUAGUGGUCCGGUGGUGCGCUCGCAGGUGGUCUCCACAUUCCUUGAUGCUUCUUUCCCGGCAGACAUCGGGUUCUCGGACGCGGUGGAUGCGUUGCCGAAUUUGGUCGUCAAUAUCACGAUGCGGCCGAGUAAGAGUGAAAUGCUGGAGCGGGCUUUGGUCGCGGCCUCAUGUAUGUAUCUGGGGCGGAUCAAGCAGGAUGAUGCGCUGGUUUGCACGGGGGUGCAGCACUAUGAUAUUGCAAUCCGGCAUAUGUCGGGGAUGCUGUAUCGCAAAGCGCAUACCGAUGAUAUGAUCUAUACUACGGUCAUCUUUCAACUAUUGCAGAGUCUCUAUUGUCCCUAUGGUCUUCGUGCCUGGCUGGCCCACACGGCAGGCACAAAUGCGCUGCUGCGGCACUGCUACCAAUAUGCUUCGACGGAUACCCUGGUUGACGUCAUCUAUCAUAAACUGCAGAAGCUGAUGGUGAUACACUCGACAAUCGUCAUAAAAUGGCCCGAAUCAGAAUAUACAUAUCUGAGACAAAAUACUAUCGGAACUCCACUCGAUGGUUUAUUUGAUAUCUUCGCCGUCCUCGCCUCUCUCCUAGCAGCCACCGAACAAAUCAACCACGCAGACCUCGAAGCCUGCCAAGCCUUGCUGCAAAAUUGCUACUCACAUCGGCAGAGCAUCCUGCGAUGGUACUCGCAGAAUCAAGGCUUCAUCUGUGGACCACCAAUGUUCUGCGACCCGAGCGAGAACCUCUGCCCCCGACUCCCUCCCACAGACGACCUCUUCGGCGUAUCGUAUCGAUUCACCUCCCUCGACCAUGCCCGACUACACAUUUUCUACUGGACAUCACUGGCCAUGAUCCAAUGCCUGAUCUAUCAAUCCAAGAUUCUGGUGCUGGCACAUUAUUAUGCCUCGGGACUUUUCCCCGUAGAUCCAGCCACCCACGAAGAGUACAUAUUAUCCGCGCACUACACAGACGAGAUCUGUCGCGCAAUACCAUUCUGUCUCCAACCAAAGACAAAGUUAGCCGGAGCGCGAAUCGUCAUCCCGGCGAUACCACACAUCUGCAGACCCUACACGCACCUCCGCGACCAAGACAAAUUCCUCUGGUGCGAAAGCGUCUCGUCGGUGCUAGUCGAAAUUGGUUUUCACAUGGCAGUUCCACUCCGCCAGACCGCCCGGAAAUACUGGUCGCUCUCAGCAGACCCCCACAUGAAUUCCAUGCUGAGUUUAUCUGCGCGAUGGGAAAUAUCCGAUGACGAGCAGGCUCCGCCGGUAACGAACUACGGGAAGAGGGCCGAGAUGCCCCUGGCGACGAGUGCCUCGAGGUGCCAACAAUUCGAGACAGAAUAUUCCGACAAUUGA